AUGGCUUCCUUCAAUGAAAUCCAUGACAUAGAUGUCGUCACAGUUCAAACCUUGGCAGCCGAAGACGACUUCGUCCCCGCCGCAAGACUCCAUCGCCGCAAGUGCUUCCAAGAAAUCUUCCCACCCUUUCUUCUCAGAAAGGUUAUCGCCGAGGUGAUAGCCACCUUUCUACUGGUGUUUGUGACCUGCGGCGCUGGUGCACUGAACAAGAACAACCCCCGCGUCGUCUCGCAGCUGGGUGCGUCCGUCGCCGGCGGACUGAUCGUGACGAUGAUGAUCUACGGCGUGGGCCACAUCUCUGGGGCGCAUAUGAACCCUGCCGUCACCUUGGCCUUCGCUCUCUCCAGGCAUUUCCCAUGGAUACAGGUUCCUUUCUACUGGUCGGCGCAGUUCUCGGGCGCCAUGAUCGCCUCCUUCAUCCUCCGCGAGCUGCUCCACCCCAUCACCGAUCUCGGAACCACCACGCCGUCCGGCACCCCGGCGAGGUCCCUCAUCAUGGAGGUCGUCGUCACCUUCUCCAUGAUGUUCGUGACGUCCGCCGUGGCAACCGACACCAAAGCCGUAGGAGAGCUGGCCGGGUCAGCGGUUGGCUCAGCCGUCUGCAUCACCUCCAUCCUCGCUGGGCCGAUCACCGGAGGAUCGAUGAACCCGGCAAGAACACUGGGACCGGCGGUGGCGAGCAGGAAGUACGAUGCGCUGUGGGUGUACUUCGUCGGCCCGGUGCUGGGCACGCUGUCGGGGACGAUGUCCUACAGGUUCAUACGGAUGACGGAGAAACAGCCGCCGCAGUCGCUGCCGUCCAUGGGGAGUAGCACCACCCCGAAGUCGCCGUCGACCUCGUUGAAGCUGCGCCGCCUGCAGAGCCAAGAAAUGGCUCGUCCUGCCCACGUCAAUCCGUAG